CCUGGCUUCUCUUUCCUCAGCAUCCUCGUCAUCAUCAUCAUCAUCAUCAUGACGGUGAUGCUGAGCGGCUCCUCGGUGCUGGCGAUGGCGUGUGUGGAUGCUGCCUGAGCGCCUGGAGAGGAGGAGAGGAGGAAAGGAGGAGAGGUGGAGAGGAGAGAAGAAAGACGGGACAGAAAUCUUGCUCGGUAUCGGUGUCGGUUGAUGCGCGUGCGUGCGUCGCUCCGGUGGAAUGAGAAGCUGCUGCAACCAUGAUGGAAGGACUGAAGAAGCGAACCCGAAAGGCGUUCGGGUUACGCAAGAAAGAGAAGGACACUGACUCCACGGGAUCACCAGAGAAAGGCAGAUCAAAAAAAGCCAACGGUGCUCCUAACGGGUUCUACGGCGAGAUAGACUGGGAUCGAUAUAAUUCCCCUGAUGUGGAUGAUGAGGGAUACAGCAUCAGACCCGGAGAACAAGGAGGAACCAAAGCCAAAAUGUUCUUCUCAUCCAGUGAGUCAGAGGGUGAGGAUGAGCCAGGGAAGAAGUUUAAGAUCAAGAUCAAGCCCCUGGCACCAGAUAACGGCACAGUGUCCACAGUGGAUGAGCUGAAGGCCUCCGUGGGCACACUGGCCAUCUCGACCUCGCCUUUGUGUCCAUUGAAACGAACUAUCUCAAGUGAGGAGAUCGCCAGGCCGAGACGUUCCACUCCAACACCGACUCUAACUUUAACGCCUGGUCCGGACACACCAAGUAAAAGGUUAUCAGACAAUGCUUCAGCUUUUUUUGGCCCUCCAUUUGAGGCAAACUUUGAAGCACCAAACUCAGAAGUGUUCAUAGCGGAGCCGGAGCUCUGGUGUCCAUCGAUGCCACACAACACCUCCCCAUUGAACAGACGCUUCCCCACAGGAGCUCCACCUCCUCUUCCUCCAAAGAACAUUCCUGCCACUCCACCCAGCUACAGAUCCAGCUCUCUGGAAUCAUCAGGUUAUUACAGUGUUGUUCCGAGUGUAAGAGGAGAAGGAUCAUCUUCUAUCUAUCGGGACGUUCUACUAUCAGACCCUACAGGGGGACCUGCUCUUCCUGACAUGGACAAUGUAUUUGCCCCAUCGGAUAACCCCAAAUCUGAAUCAGAGAUGUUGCAGUCCAACUGGGUCAGUUUCACCGAUGGGACAACCUCCAGGCCUCCACCACCUAAUGAGCCUGCCCCUUCCCCACCUCUCUCAUCUUCUUCUGAGGACACGCCCCCUACUUCCCCUCCUGCCUUAUCCCCUCCUCCUCUCCACCCUAUCCCUCCACCUGAAUCUCCUCCUCCCCCACCCCCAGAUUCCUCCCCAGACUCCCUAUCUCCUGAUGAACUGCCUCAGCCUCAACAUUCCACAUCCCACCUUCAAGAAUCCGGCUUUUCCAUGACUACUCCUCUCAAUCUACCCAGCCCUGGCAUGCCCCCUCUGCCCGCUGUGCCACCUCCUCUGGGGCCGCGAGAUGACACCAGAAGAACGCCAGACUCUUUUGGGCUAAGAGAGGAAAUCCUCUCACUUUCCACCUCACCCAAGGACAUUGGGAUGGGGGGUUUGCGUGGCACACCACCUCCACUGCCCCCUCUCACCUACAGGAGUGUGGUUGUCUCACCAGGGCCUUGUAGCCGGCCUUCAUCACCUGCUCGUCCUGGCACUCCUUUAUCAGCAGGUAGCCCAAUACCACCACUCCCACCCCGGCCAUCCUCGCGGCCCAAACUUCCCCCUGGCAAACCAAACAUGGCAGACUUGGCUUGGCCCUUUAGCGCUCCAGUCCACUCAUGGAGUCCUCCUCCAUUCGCUCCCCUGGCCCGAGCAGAAAGCAGCUCCUCCAUUUCUUCCAUCACUUCUCUCAGUGCAGCGUCCACGCCAACGCUCGGCAGAGAGUUCAACCUUUCUGUUUCAGCCUGUUCCCGAGGACCAAGUCCACUUACCAUGGGUCCCCAGGACACUCUACCGGUGGCAGCAGCCUUCACAGAGACCAUCAGCGCCUACUUCAAAGGAGCCGACCCCAGCAAGUGUGUGGUGAAGAUAACUGGAGAGAUGGUUCUGUCCUUCCCAGCAGGCAUCACAAGACAUUUCUCAAACCAGCCAAGUCCUCCAGUACUGACCUUCACCGUCAACCAUUAUGGCCGUCUGGAGCAGGUCCUCCCCAACCCUCAGCUCCUCUGCUGUGACCCGAUGCCUGCCGUCUCUGACUGUAAAGAGUUUCGGGUGAACAUGCCCAACCUGAUGGUACAUCUCAAGAAGGUGGCAGACCAGCGGCCUCAGGCUACCUACUACAACGUGGACAUGCUGAAGUACCAGGUGUCAGCGCGGGGCAUCCAGUCAACUCCGUUGAACCUGGCGCUAAGCUGGCGCGGCGAUGCUAACAGCACAGACCUCAGGGUAGACUACAAAUACAAUGCAGAGGCCAUACACAACCCCACACCCCUCACCAACAUCCACUUCCUGGUGCCGGUGGACGGCGGUGUUACCAAACUGCAGGCCAUGCUACCUCCAGCCACAUGGAACCCAGAAACACAGAAGAUACUGUGGAAGAUCUCUGAACUCUCACAGAAAUCAGAAAAUGGAGGAGUGGGGGCGCUGUUGUGUCGCUUCCAGCUGGCCGAAGGUCCGAGCAAACCAUCCCAACUGGCCGUGCAGUUCACUAGUGAGGGGAGCACGCUGUCUGGCUGUGACUUCCAGCUGCUGGGAAGCGGAUACAGACUGUCCCUGGUUAAGAAGCGCUUCUCGACAGGUAAAUAUUUGGCAGAUAACUGAUGCCAGUUAACGACGACGACUCGUGGAACAGAUGGAGUGACGACGCCUUCGAACUCACCACUGAAGAGACUUAAUGUUUUUAACUUUCAGAGGAAUUCCUUAACUUGGAAUUUCACAACCAGUGUCUUUCUGACAUAGAAAAUUGUGUGUGUGUGUGUGUGUGUGUGUGUAUAAGUAUAAAGGCAAUUUCAGGACAUGCAAUGCAGCAACAUUGUUUGCUGGGCUUAUGCACGAAGGCAGAGUUUCCUCCUAGAGCUUGAUAAUAUGUGUGUUUCUUUGUGUGCGAGAGAGAUUUUUUAUCCCUGGCAUGUGCCGAUAAUCAGGUAUUUAAAAUAUUCCGAUAUUCACCAUGAACAAUUCUUAGCAGGGGCACUUUUUUUUAAUUUCAAGUCACGAUAAUUCUGUUCAUCAGAUAAAACUUUCUGAAAUCUGACUGAAAAAUUUAAAGAUGUAUUUUUAUUUGUGAUUCAUGAGGUAAAAUUAGCUAGCGAAUGUAAAUGUACCUGAAAGUUACUGUCUAAUUUGCUAGCUAGCAUUAGAUUGCUUUGUUUAGCUAUAGCUACCUAUGAAACAUAGGGAUAAAAGAUUUGCAGUCAUUCCUCGGGUGAACUUUAGCAUGAAAUUUACCUAAUGACAGGCUAGCUAGCAUUAGGUAACUAGCUAGUUAACUAAUACUACAAGCUAUACCCAAUAACGGACUCUUUGGGGAAGGCUAGCUAUUUGUUUUGUAAACUAAUUAGCUUUAGUUGCAUAGCCCCUUACAGCUGCACAAUAUUAGAUAGCUAUUUGCUAUAUAUCAACAGUGAAUAUAAUACAACACGACAAGCACUGUGUUGAACCAGUUAACUUGAUAUUUGAUACGAACGCUGAUAAAAUAUCAGGAGGAAAUCGUCAUUUGUUAGAAGUUAUUUCCUCAGUUUCUAGCUAGCAUUAGUUAACUACUAUUAGUUAGCUAGCUAGCUAUGUUCUCUUGCUGUUUAAUAUAAAGGGGUAACAUUUACUGAGAUAUAAAAAUGUAAAAUCGGCACAUGCCUGGCGAUAUCGUGUACUGUUAGUCCGAGAGUUUGAUUAGCCAGUACAAUAACAGAAAUGCUGAGGUAAUGUUCAGUUAUCUUUUAAAUAUUUAUCCCCCCAAAAAACAAACAAACAAGCAAUGCAAAUAUAUUACUGAUACUGGAGUUCAAAUUUACUUCAAAUUUUCUAACCAAACGUUGAAUUCAAGAGGAACUUGGGGAGGGGGAUCAGUGAAGAGACCGGAACAUCGUAGACAUCAGAUUAGUUUCAUAUGACUUUUGAUAUUCAUGUCGGUUGUGAGGUGACGUUAUUGUCUGUGAGGUCGAAAAAGCGGACAUGAUGUUCCAUAAUUAGAUAUCGAUAAACUCUGGAAUUUCAAUUUUCAUGCAACAUAGCGAUGCCUGAACAUUUUCUAAUCACGUGUCUUGAAUCAAAAUACGAAUAAUGUUGAUAAUUAAGCGACACAGAAUCUGUGUCAGGAUUUAAUGCAGCAUUCCGUAGUAUGAACUAUUUACCAAUUUGAUUUUCCACAAUGUGGAUUUUUUAACGUUUUUUUUCCUGUAGCAAUAUUGAUGAUUGUGUAUAAAUGUAAGAUAAGAAUUGUUAUAUGUAUGUCUAAACGGAUAUACAGCUUCUAGUAAUUUAUCAUAAGUCAAUGUUUAGUAGUUGAAAAAAAAUCCAUGACAGCACUUUAUUUCACUUUUAUUUGAUGUUAUUUUUCUGCAUUUAAAAAAAAGCACAUUAUUUAUUAAGUAUAUGAACGGCCAUUUUAUAUAUAUCAAAGUCAAAACCACUUUUUCAGCGUGUAUUGUAUGAUGCUUUGUAUUCUAGGCAAAGAAUUGGUUUGAGUUCGUUCCUCUGAACCACCAGGUGGCGAUGAGAAUCACAUGGAUAAACCCCAGAUACCCACCUUGUCAUUCAGCAAGAUGGCUGUAGAUACCUCACACGUCAGUCUCCCUGGUGGUUAUCUUUUAUUUAGUGUCUAAGAUUCCUCAGUUCAAGAACUAGCCACAUUGCUAGCCACAGUGUUUUUCCAAAAAAAAGUUAAAUAUAAUAUUUUCAUUAUAACUUUUCUUGAUUAAACACAUUUCACUACACAACAUGGCCACAACAUGGUUGCAGCUAGCAUAACAUAGCAAUUUUAGGUUAGCAAAAACUCUUUCUGGAAGGUUCUAGACAGUUGCUUUUUUUGACUGCAAAUUUAAUCAGUCACAUUGUUCUGGGUGUUCUGAAGCGAAUUCUUUCAUAACAUUGAGAAAUGUACAAAGUUGCUCUAACAUUUUCAGCCGCAUGAACGAAUUUGGACCAGAACUGAAUACGUAACAUAUGUGACAUAUGUCUUAUGUGUUCCUUUCUUUUUUCUUUUUUUUCUUAUUUAUUUAUUUUUUUUACAUAAACAGAGUAGCUCUUCAGUUGUUAAAUAAUGGAUCGUCCUUGUCUGAUUUAAUCGAUAACGAUUAGAUUGUGUUCAUACAUAAUUUGUAGAAACAUUUAGAACUGUAAAAAGGUGCCGCAAACCAAUUGCAUAUGCUCAAAUUAAUCAUACUGUUAAACAAUCUGUUUUUGCUGUAUUAGUGUGUUUAUGCUCUUCCUAAUUUUAAAAAAAACAUUUAGGACAGGUCUGAGAAAAUUCUCUCAUGAGUUUACGUUUACACAAAGUUUUUUUAAUAAUAUAAAAGAAAUCUGCUACUGAAUUACAUAUAAAAGUAGCCAACCAGCUAGAAGAAUGCUAGCUGCUAGUCAAUUCCUAGCUAACACUGAGUGAUAUCAGAGCACAUAAUCUGAAGUGAGAACGUUUUCUGAAGGUUAUAAAUAUAACGUUGGUGAGAUAUUGUGAAAAUGUGAUGGUCUGUGUUUACAACGCUCACGAUGAGACAAAGACUAACAGUAUGAAGAUGUUUGUGUAAAUGUUCACACUGCUAAAAUAUCGUUCGUGCAGUAGCAUUUCUACAGUGUUACAUUUCUAAAUGUUUCUGAAUGUUAUGUAAGAAUACUCCUCAGAGCCCUGAGAAAACCCUGACAGAGUGAAUGUUCAUGAAACUGAAAGGUAAUUAAAACCUUUCGGAAAAAGCGCAUCAAUUAUGCUUACAUAACACUGUUAUAACAUUGUUGUCAGCAUGCUUUAUAUCUGAACACUGCCGGAGCUAGCAUUGCGGCUAGUUUCUUUUAGUCAAGGAAUUCAGUCAAGGAUUCUGUUGAUUCUUACUUAGUUUGAAAUUAACAAAAAACAAAACAAAAAAACAGGGUUGUAUGUGUGUGUUUAUCACGCUUCAGGACGACGGCGUUAAUUAGGUGAUGUUGAUUUUGGAAAGCUGUGUAUUGUGUAUUAUGUUGUUUUUUUUGUUGGGGGGGGGUCUUCAUUUUUAGAGGGUUUAUUAUUAACAUAUGAUCCACACACAAAAGAAAAUUCUGGAAUUAUGAAUGCUAAUUGUUUUGAUCAGGAUGAAUCAGGAAUUUGGCCAAGAUCAAUUUAGCAGAUUAUUUUGUUUGCGUUGUUAUAUUAAAUUGUCAUUUUUUUUAGACCUUGUGUGUAUGUGUGUGUGUGUGUGUGUGUGUGUGUGUGUGUGUGUGUGUGUGUGUUACAGUUUCAUCCCAUAGAACAGUCCAUGUGUGAAGUAAUAUCUGUAUUUAUCAGUUGCAUCUUGUUCAUUACAGAUAAAACAGAAUAUGCAAGCGGUUAUUGUGUAGGAUACGGCCUUCACAGGGUCUAUGAUAAUAUAAAGGUUGAAAAUGAUAGGUAUAUUAAAGGUGUAAUAUAAAGUAUUAACAUAAAAUAAACA